AUGACACCUGCACACUUCACCUUUUCAUCCACAUUUAUUCUCGGCCUGAUAGGCUUAGCAUUACAUCGUACCCACUUACUAUCAGCCCUAUUAUGUUUAGAAGGGAUAAUACUAUCCCUUUACAUAGCCCUAUCACUUUGAACCUUCGAACUAAGCUCCAUUAGUUUCACCCCCUCUCCGUUAAUACUCCUGGCUUUUUCAGCAUGUGAAGCAAGCGCCGGCCUAGCCUUAUUAGUAGCCACCUCACGCACCCACGGCACCGAUCAACUAAAAGCCUUAAACAUCCUGCAAUGUUAA